GCGUAAGUCCUUGCGGUCACUUCCGGCCCGGGAGCGCGCGGGUUGAUUUGUCCUUCCUCAGCUGCGGGCGCUCGGAGCUCGGAAAUGGCGGCCUUGGAGAAAUUUCUGGUGGAGUAUAAGAGUGCCGUGGAGAAGAAACUAGCAGAGUACAAGUGUAACACCAACACAGCAAUCGAGCUGAAACUAGUUCGUUUUCCUGAAGAUCUUGAGAAUGACAUUAGAACUUUCUUUCCUGAAUAUACCCAUCAGCUCUUUGGGGAUGAUGAAACUGCUUUUGGUUAUAAGGGUCUGAAGAUCCUGCUGUACUAUAUUGCUGGUAGCCUGUCAACACUGUUCCGUGUUGAAUAUUCAUCUAAAGUUGAUGAGAACUUUGAUUGUGUGGAGGCAGAUGACGUUGAAGGCAAAAUCAGACAAAUCAUUCCACCUGGGUUUUGCACAAACACAAAUGAUUUUCUUUCCUUGUUGGAAAAGGAAACUAAUUUCAAGCCUUUUGGAACCCUCCUUCAUACAUACUCAGUUCCUAGUCAAACAGGAGGUGAAACCUUUACUUUCCAGAUAUACAAGGCUGACAUGACAUGUAGAGGCUUUCGAGAAUAUCAUGAAAGGCUUCAGACCUUUUUGAUGUGGUUUAUUGAAACUGCUAGCUUUAUUGACGUGGAUGAUGAAAGAUGGCACUACUUUCUAGUAUUUGAGAAGUAUAAUAAGGAUGGAGCUACGCUCUUUGCGACCGUAGGCUACAUGACAGUCUAUAAUUACUAUGUGUACCCAGACAAAACCCGGCCACGUGUAAGUCAGAUGCUGAUACUGACUCCGUUUCAAGGUCAGGGCCACGGUGCUCAACUUCUUGAAACAGUUCAUAGAUACUACAUUUCAUUUCCUACAGUUCUUGAUAUUACAGCGGAAGAUCCGUCCAGAAGCUAUUUGAAACUAAGAGACUUUGUUCUUGUGAAGUUUUGUCAAUUUUUGCCCAGUUUCUCCCGGGAAAGAUUACUGCAAGGAUUCAGUGAAGAUAUGGCAAUACAGGCACAGCAAAUGUUCAAAAUAAAUAAGGUAUUUUUAUUUUUACUUGUAGGAGGAGACUUAAAAAAUUUUGAAAAAAAGCAGAGAGAUCUUGCCAAGAUGAAGAAAUGCCUGAGACCAGAAGAGCUGACAAAUCAGAUGAACCAGAUAGAAAUAAGUGUGCAGCAUGAGCAGCUGGAAGAGCGAUUUCAGGAGCUGGUGGAGGACUACCGGCGUGUCAUUGAGCGACUUGCUCAAGAGUGAAGCCCCUGUUCCCCAGGAUACCUGCAGAUUUCUGUGCAUUGUGCUGUGAACCUCUGAUGACCCUAAAGUUAUCUAUGUUCUCCUUAGUGGAAUAUUUCCUUUUGAGAGAUUGUAUAUUUUAAAAUACUGUCUAGAGUUUAUGAACAUAUAUUGCAUUAAUAAAAGAUGGCUUGUGAAAUA